GGGGCCAGCGCUUCUCUCCUCCCCUCGCUUUCGCCAACAAAUGGGCUCUCCGCCCAGAGACACUCCUCCGAGGGGAGCCCCUUGAUAAAGGUGCCUCCAAGCCCCGACCCCACGCCUUCGCCGCCCAGGAGCCCCGGCUGCCCGACUCCAAGGGCAUCAUGAGCGCCGCCCUGUCCUGCGCCUUUGCCUUGGGGCUCCUCCUGGCUUCAGCCGCCGCCCAGCGCGCCCACACCCCGCAGCAGCAGCAACAGCAGCAAAGACCCAGGUCCUUUAAAUGUGGUGGAAUUCUUACUGGAGCAUCAGGCUUUAUUGGGAGUGAAGGAUUUCCAGGAGUCUAUCCCCCAAACACCAAAUGUACUUGGAAGAUCACAGUUCCUGAAGGAAAAGUAGUUCUCCUUUCUUUUAGAUUUAUAGACUUGGAAAGUGACAACCUUUGCAGAUACGAUUUUGUGGAUGUUUACAGUGGACACACAAAUGGCCAGCGACUUGGCAGGUUCUGUGGCACACUGAAACCUGGUGCGCUUGUGGCCAACAGCAACAAAAUGUUGGUACAAAUGGUUUCAGAUGCCAAUACAGCUGGAAAUGGCUUCGUGGCAAAAUUUUCUGCAACAGUUCCACAUCACAGAGGAGAUCAAUACUGUGGUGGAAGACUAGAUAAGCCUUCUGGAUCCUUUAAAACACCCAACUGGCCUGACCGCGAUUACCCAGCAGGAGUAACCUGUUCAUGGCACAUUGUGGCUCCAAAGAAUCAGCUAAUAGAGUUAAAGUUUGAAAAAUUUGAUGUGGAGAGAGAUAACUACUGCAGAUAUGACUAUGUGGCCGUCUUUAAUGGUGGAGAGAUUAAUGAUGCUAGGAGAAUUGGAAAAUACUGUGGAGACAGUCCACCAGCGCCUAUUACCUCUGAGAGAAAUGAGCUGCUUGUUCAGUUUUUUUCUGAUUUAAGUUUAACUGCUGAUGGCUUUAUUGGGCACUACAAAUUCAGACCCAAGAAAUUACCCACAACCACAUCACCAGCCACCACCACGCUGUCUCCUGCCACCACAACUUUGAAGCCUACAGUUGCCCUGUGCCAGCAAAAAUGCAAGCGGACUGGAACUCUUGAGAGCAAUUACUGUUCAAGUAACUUUGUAAUAACUGGAUCUGUUAUCACAACUAACAUCAAGGGUGGAAGCUUGCAUGCUACAAUAUCAAUUAUUAAUGUAUAUAAAGAAGGAAAUUUAGCAAUCCAGCAAGCAGGCAAAAAUCUGAGUGCCAAAAUUACUGUUGUCUGUAAACAAUGUCCUCUUAUCAGAAGAGGUUUAAAUUAUGUUAUCAUGGGCCAAGUAGAAGAAGAUGGAAAAGGUAAAAUUCUGCCCAGCAGCUUUACUAUGACGUUCAAGACAAAGAACCAAAAGAUCUUGAAUAUCUUAAAAAAUAAACAAUGCUGAAAUGUGA